AUGGUGCUCACAUCUUUUGGGGGGACUUCUGGGGUUGGGUAUUAUGGGGCUGAUGGUCUGGGAGGUAAAUAUUGCAGACUCGCGGCGCAAAUGAGAGCAUUCCAGCUGGUAUUUGCAUGGCAUGACGAUCAGAUCGCCUCGCCCAUCGCCCCCCACCUGGGCAUGCACGUGCUGCAGGGCCAGGCACAGCUGCACAAAGAUGAGCAUGAUGUCAUCCUCGUCCAGCAGCUCCCCCUGUCGCGCCCUGAUGAAGGCCUCCAGGUCUCCACCCUGGAUGGAGUGGGUGCGGGAAGGGGACUCGGGGUCGUCCGACCUCAUGCUCGCGCUGCAUUGCAAAACCAUGCGGCAAACAAUACAGCAGGCCUGGGCCUGGGGUCCACUUCCCCCUACCUACCUCGCAGUAUUCCAUGA